UGCCCGCCAGCUGCCCUGAUAACUGUUCUCUGUUUUGUGGUGUGUCCAUUACCUGGAUUCAGAUUACAUACUACUGAAAUUUCAGUAUAGAUCUGCCCUUUAAUUUAUAAAAAGAGUUCCAGAAUUGCUGCACAGAUACAUAGCCCCUUUCUCCAAGAGUGUAAAUAGAUGCCUGUCUUAUACAGGUAGUGUCCUGUUUGAAAUCAGGAUGUUCAAUUUAAAGAUUCUUUGAAGAUGAAAAGGGAUAUCUUAUGGUUUUACGGAAUAUAAAGCAAUAUUGUCUGACAUGACGGCAAAAAAUGUUGGUGUGACUCCCACAAAUGGUGACUUGAAAGGAUUUAUAGAUCAGAACCAGAGUCCAACAAAAGGUAAUAUUUCAAUAAUUACGCUACCAGUUUCCAGCACCAACUCUCCAACUAAGAUUUUGCCAAAAACCCUAGGACCAAUAAAUGUGAAUGUUGGACCCCAAAUGAUCAUAAGCACAUCACAAAGACUGACCAAUUCAGGGAGUGUUCUGAUUGGGAGUCCUUAUAAUCCAGCUCCAACAAUGGUCACACAGACACACAUAACUGAAGCUACUGGCUGGGUUCCAGGGGACAGAAAACGGACUCGAGAAUUUAUAGAAUCAGAUUAUUCAGAAAGUAAGAGAAGCAAAAAAGGAGAUAAAAAUGGGAAAGGACUGAGGCAUUUUUCAAUGAAAGUAUGUGAAAAAGUCCAACGUAAAGGAACAACUUCAUAUAAUGAAGUGGCUGAUGAGCUGGUAUCAGAAUUCACAAAUUCUAACAGCCACCUAGCUGCGGAUUCGCAGGCUUAUGAUCAGAAAAAUAUUAGACGGAGAGUUUAUGAUGCUCUUAAUGUACUGAUGGCAAUGAACAUAAUUUCAAAGGAGAAAAAGGAAAUCCGCUGGAUUGGCCUUCCUACAAACUCAGCUCAGGAAUGUCAGAAUCUAGAGAUAGAGAAACAGAGGCGGAUUGAACGAAUAAAACAGAAAAGAGCCCAGCUACAAGAACUGCUUUUGCAGCAAAUAGCAUUCAAAAACUUGGUACAAAGAAAUCAGCAAAAUGAACAGCAAAAUCAAGGCCCUCCAGCUUUGAACUCGACAAUACAGCUGCCUUUCUUAAUAGUCAACACUAGCAAAAGAACUGUUAUAGACUGCAGCAUAUCAAGUGAUAAAUUUGAAUACCUCUUCAAUUUUGAUAACACUUUUGAGAUUCACGAUGACAGUGAGGUGCUGAAGAGAAUGGGAAUGUCCUUUGGGCUUGAGGCAGGCAAAUGUUCUGCUGAGGACCUAAGAACUGCAAAAUCGCUGGUGCCAAAAGCUUUAGAAGGCUACAUCACAGAUAUGUCUACAGGAUUUUCUUGGAUGAACCAAGGAUUAUUUUCCAGUUCAACACAAGCAACUUCACAUAUAGACAUAGCAGGAGGCACCUCUGUUUCUAAAUCAAGUGAGAAUCCAGGGUUGUGUUUGGAUGCUGAAGUGGCCUUAGCAACUGGGCAGCUCCUUGCCCCUAGCAGUCAGCAGUCCAGCAGUGCUGCAUCUCGCUACUCAGAAUCACGGGGAGAAACACCAUGCUCUUUCAAUGAUGAAGAUGAAGAGGAUGAAGAUGAAGAUUCUUCUUCUCCAGAAUAAGGACAAUAGAAAACUGAGUAUAGAAAUAAUUCUCAUAUUUGUUCUUAAUGAGAGCUCCUGUUUUGGAUUUAAGUUUCUUGCUUUUGUUUGCACUGUGUUCAGCGAAGAUUCAGAACAAACGCAUCCAAAGGUGAAAUUGAAAACUUUUUGCAGUUGAACACAGAGCGAUACGCAGACACAGAGCGAAGUAUUUUUUAUCAACUACAACCACAGAAAAGAACAAAGUCCCAGGAGAUGUAGAGAAGCAAACAUCAAGUUAACUUUUUCCAUUUUGGGACAUUAUGUCUUAAGUCUCUAUUUCCCCUUACCAUAACCAGACAGAAAACAGGGUCAGUCAACAAAUGCGGAUUCUCACAUUGUCUUUUGGCUGCACUACCUUAAAAACAAAACAAAAAAAAAACAGAAAAAAAAGUGUGUGCACAUUCACGUGCUAAAUAGCUAUUUAAAAAUAUCUUGUAUGAAAAUUAUUAUAGGGAGCGGGGCUGUUAGAAUGUUUGCUUUUUUCUGUUCAAUUUCCUGUAUAGAAGAUUCUUAAAGUAAUAUAAAUCGCAAGUGAUUAAAUGAAUCUUGAAAUAGAUUAAAUCCAUUUUAGAUGCUCUAAAAUAAUAUUAGUAUGUCUCUUUUGAAAGAUUUGUAUGUUCGUUUCUACUGCAGGUCUAAUUUAUUUAUAAUACGUGAUUACUCUUUGCCAUUAUUAAGCAGUCAGAAAUAUAUUCUCUACACCAGCUUUUUUCCAAGGGUAAAAAAAAAUGAAAAAAAUGUAUUUAUAGAUUAUAGUGUAUCCAGUGUAAUUGUUCUUAUUUUGUAACCAUUUGAUUUUACAACAUGUAUAUUUGUAAAAAGGCCUCUAUAUUAAGAAUUUGCAUAACAUGUUUUCAGGGCAGGAUUUUAAAAUUUAGGGCAGGCAAUUGAAACUUUUAAAGUCACAGGUUAAGACUUAACAAAAAAGAUCAACAAUGCAUAGUUGCAUUAGGAAUUUAGUAAUAGACUAAUUUAACAUGUUGAUAGUUAACUUUUGUUGCAUGCACCUUGAUGCACCUUUGGAAAAUAUUAAUAGCAAGCAACUUCUUAAAAUACUUAUGGCUGACAUUAUACAAGUGAAUCCAAUUUGAAAUUAGGCUUCUAACAGGAGGCUCUGUAUGCUACAUUUAAAAUCAAAUCUGAUCUCAAAGACUUGAAAAAAAAAUCUUGAAUGGCAAAGCAAAAUACAGUACAACUGGUUCUCUUCUGAUGGUGUUAAAACAUUCAGUAUUUUGAUAGGUCUUGAAGUUAACUUUUUAGUUACAUGAAUCCAGUUAAAAAUAAGUUAUUCCUUUUUAGUUUUUAUACUACAUGUAAAUAGUGAACUAUCUCUAAGUACCAAGGUAUUAGCUUCAGAACACAAUGACUUUGGCUGUUAUUUGGUUACAGAUUAGGCAACUUUUGAUACCUUACUUGAACAUGGUGGCAAGCCAGAUCACUUGAUUCUUGUGGCCGUUGUUCUAACACAGCCUGUCUGUGUCAUCUGUUCCAGCCAAAUCUGUAUUCAAGCCAACAUGACCCAAAAGCACUGUGUCCAAACUAGCAAGAAAAACUGAGGCUUAAGCUAGAAAGAUACUGCAAGGAGCAUUCAAGCACACCUGCAGCCUCACAUUAAAAAUUAAAACAUCUAGGUAGAAACUUAAAACAGAGAGUUUAAACUCCUAAAUUUGAUGCACAGAUAGGCUGGUGCCAUUAAUUAGGCAUAGCUCUCAUUUGAGUAAAUAGAGCUAACAAGGUUACCCAAAUUAUGUACAAAUGCUCAGAGAAAAAGUCCUGUUUGCUUAUCAUGUUACUCAUCCCCUCAGCAAGACUGUUAAGACUGUUCUAUGCACACACCUCAUUGACAACAGCUGACCAAGGCAUGUACAGCAACCUCACUUCAACCAAAUCUGUCACACUACCUCUAUAUAAAGAAAUAAAGCUUUACAAGUACAAAAAAUAUUAUCACAGAAGGAUUCAGUGCAUUUGAUUGAAGUGGCUCACUUUUGUAGCAAGAGGAGGAGGAGCUAUUCCACAGAUACUGUUAUGGGAUUACCACUUUUAUGAAUGAUUUUUUUAUUCUUAAUAGUUUUCCAAAAAAUAGUAAUACUCUGUCAGCAGAGAUGGCAGAGCAAAGAUAUCACUACAUACAGGACAUUCUACUGCAAGCUUAAGAACAGAAUAUUUUCUAAAUAAUGUACUAUUCUCUGAGGCCCCAUACACUAGGGGACAUACCUGACUUCUUUACACCUUCCUUACAUUUUAAGUUCAAAAUUUGCAUUAAAAAAAACCCCACUAAUCUAAACAAUAAAAGAAGAGCACUUCAAAUUACAAGAAGCUGGGGGAAAAAAAUGCCCAGAGUUGUACAACAUUUUCUUGGCUUCAUUGUCCUGCUUUUGAGGGGGAAUAUGUGUGAGAUCUUGCUCCCACUGGAACCCAUUUCCCUCAGAGCAGCAGACUGCACAGCUACUUGCUUGCUGGCAAACCUAAAGCUAUGAAACACUACAGUUUCAUUAUUAUUACUAGGGUUUUGUUUGCUUGUUUGAAAUCUAGGAGCUCAUAACAUUUAUGGAGAUGGCUGAAUUAUGAUUUCCAAUUUUUUUUUCUGAACGAGUUAAAUACAAAGGACAGAACAAGUUCGAACACUUAGAAAAGGCAUCAAAGAAAUAUUCUCCCUUUGGGAUUCUUUGUGCCAAAUUGCAGUUGAGAAUGAAGUUCUAUUAGAGCACUGUGGUCUUGUGGUUGCACUAAAGUCUACGAAUUAGAAGAAUUCUGGUCCUUAUCCAGCCAUAGUGACUGCGUAUAUGAUUUUGAGCAAGGCUUUCAACCAUUCUUGCUCAUUAGCUGACACACACACAAAAAAAGUAGAACCUUAAAUGUUGCCUCUGAAUUGCUCUGAGGAAU